AUGAAGGGAGGGUUUGGCUCACAGCCACCUGAGCCCCUCGCCCAGGAGCUGCCUGGAUGCUCGCCCCCGAAGCCGCUGUCGGAACUGUGCCGCUUGCGGCCCGGCCCGGCGCUGAGCAGCGCUUUGUGCCCCGCUGGGCCCUCAGCUCCGCCGCCUCCUCUGCUGCUGCCGCCCGCAGCGCUGCGAUGGGCCGAGGAGAAGAAGGGAACGGAGGGCACGGAGCCCGCCCGGGGGCUGGUUGUGCCUCACGCCGGGUUCCUUUCCUUCGUUCUGGGAGCGAACAGCCCGGAGUGCCGCUCGUCCAGCAGCCAUCUGCCGCAGCCUCUGAGCGCCGAGGGGUGGGGAGGGCAGGGUCGGCUGGUUGAGUUGGAACGGCUCCGCAGCAAACGGCUGGAUUGCUUACGGCUGCGGGGAACGGCCGUGCCCGAGCCGGAUCACGGGUAUCACAGCCUGGAGGAGGAGCAGCAGCAGCAGCACGGGGGAGCCCUGAGAGUGGAUUGCGAGCAGUGUGGUGUCUGGGGGCAGCCCGAUGAGCUGGAGGGAUCCCGGGGUUUGGCUGAGAAGGGAGAAGUGCAGGAGGAGCUUUGUGCUGCUGAGGGCUCUGAAACAGAGAGAACCCUGUUCGUGUCGGCCAGGCCUGCCUGUGCUAAUAAGUUAAUAGACUACAUCCUGGGGGGGAACUCCAGUGGGGAGGAGAGUGCGGAUGAUGAGGAAGACUGGGAUGAUGAUGAUGAUGAUGAUGAUGGGUUUGACAGCGAAGGGCUGCUCUCAGAUUCAGAUGACAGCAGCCAGAACGGGGAGAGGUUGCAUCUCUGGAAUUCCUUCUUCAGCCUGGAUCCUUACAACCCUCAGAACUUUACUGCUACCAUUCAGACAUCUUCCAGUGAGCCGGGGAAGGGUAUACCCUGUGUGGCCGAUGUGGGGGGAGAGGAGGAGGAGGAGGAGGAGGAGGAGGAUGAUUCUUCGUGGGCAGAAUCAUCUUCAGGCUCUCCUCACCCCAGCUCGGAAGAUGAGGACGAAUGGGAUUGCAGCAGCGUGGACGAGGCAGAAAACUUGAAACUUUGGAACUCAUUCUGUACCUCAGAUGAUCCUUAUAACCCUUUAAAUUUCAAGGCACCCUUUCAAACAGCGGAGAAAAGAGGAAAACCCAGCCUCAAAGGAACAGAGGGGCUGAGUUUGGUCACUUCUGAGCAUAGUCACUUAACUGUCUGUCGGGUACAGCUGGAAAAGCAUAACUGUGGGGUCACAGACUUGGUGCAGCAUGGCAUUCUUUCUGGUGAAAAAUGUAGAAGUACCAAGAGGAAAAAGGUGACCUUCCUCGAAAAAGUUACAGAGUAUUAUGUGAGCAGUGAGGAGGAUCGUAAAGGACCCUGGGAAGAGCUGGCACGAGAUGGCUGCAGGUUCCAGAAACGCAUCCAAGAAACAGAAGAAGCCAUAGGAUAUUGCUUCACCACAGAGCAUAGACAGAGAGUUUUUAAUAGACUCCAAAAAACCAACCACAAGGAGGAUGAUUUCUUCUAGCACCUUAACACAUCUGGUGGUUGCGUGACCCUGAGCACUCAUCAACAUCUUCCAAAUCAGAAUUGGCAGCUGCGUGUGCUGUUUUGAAAUGGGGAGAAAAGUGGGAUUUGAACUCUUCCCUAGUUUAAUAUUCAGCCACAAAUACACCUCUGUGUGUCUCGUUUUGAUAGACAGACAAAACCUUCUGAGUAUCCUCGAGGCUGAGGGUGGUAUAAUUGUGUUCCCCUUAAGUAACACCUGAGAAAACAGACUGCUUUAGGUUAAAUCCAUUCCAAAAAAUGCCUUGUCUGCCGUAUGUUGAGAAGUGGUGGCUGUUAAGUUGGAAUUUUGCACUUUGAAAAAAGCAAAACAUAUUUUGAAGGAAAUAUUUAUGGGAUUCAGAACCUCGUUAUUGCAGUUUUGAUUUAAAGUUUGUGUUGGCAUGUGCUGUUUUUGUGUGGAUCUUUAUUUUUUUCUAACCUGUACAGAAGUCUCCAGUUUUUGUUAGCAGAUCAUUAUAACUUUAUUGUGCAAAGCAGGUGCAUUCUCCUUCCUUCUCAGAUCCCAGUUUUGCGUGUGACUGCUGGAUUGUGUGACACUUUGACGUCUUAAUAUUUCAGUCUGUGACACUGAGGGAUUCAGGGGAGCUCUGGUGCACUGCACACCCUUUGGGUUGUCUCUAUUUAAGUAAUACCUUUACCCAGUCCUGUUCCAAAGGGUGUUGUCUACCUGGGAACCACCUCUUUGCUUUCAGGGCAUAGCAGAGCUGCAGCUGGUGCUCUGAGCUUAGAUAGCUGUGCGUGGGGAGCUGCACCAUAAGAUGGCCAUCAGAUCAUCUCAGAACAACUUCACCGUGAUGGAUUCUGCUCGUUGAAGAUGGUUUGAAGUGGAGUGAUCUUCAUUUUAUUUUUAUCUGGUCUUUGCAAGGAGAAUUAUCUUCAGCUUCUGGAAAUCUAACACUAGGAAUGCUGUGUUGUUACCAAAAGCAGUAUUAAGACCUCUGUGCAUCUUUAGCUUUGUUCACCUUGUAUCCAAACAGCAUUUUAUGUCUGGGAUCUCACACUUGAGGUCCUUGGUGGAAGGAAAGCCCUCGUUAUUGGUGCUCCUAACUUUAAGUGUUUCACUGCUGCUCAAAGUAAAGCAGGGCAGUUUGGAUAUGUUUUUGGAGCUGAAAGAUGUUGGAUUUCAGUUGGCCAGGCCGUGAGUUGUGCAGUGGAAUAAAUAUCAAACAUUAAACCUGAAGGAUUCCUAUCAGUUUGCAAAACGUGGUGUGAGUAAAUGAUUUGCUUCUUGGUUUGUUCAGCUGAGCACACGUGGGUCUGUUGUUGGAAGGGAAAAAGCUGCAUUCAAUUUGAGUUUCUCAUCUCUAAUGAAUUCAGAUUUGAAUCCAAAAGAAAGUGGUGGAUAUGUGGAGAGAAGAGCUUCACACAAUACUGAGUUCUUUAUUUUUGGCCCUGGCUUCAUUUGUCUCAAAUUUCAGAGCUCUUGAGGUUGGCUCUUUUUGUAUUCAGUAUCUUUGGAUCUAAAAAUUGCAUUUCUUUGCUGCAGGUUAGAACUGUUAGAAUUAAGGAAUUUGGAAGGUCA